CAGCCCAGCAGGCCAUCCGUACCCCUGGCUGGCUGGGAAGUCCUAUUCUCCGGCCUGAGUUCUCGGAGAACCAAGGGCCAACUGAGAGACCCUGGGUGUCAUGCAGCCCACGUGAGGAAGGCACGCCACCCUUGAGAAGUGGCCUAGACCCUGGGGAGCACUGUGACCACAGAGUCCUUUCUGGAUCUGCAGUUGAGAAAACUGGCACCAAGGUCACCCAGCAAGGUCAUGGCAGCCCGAGGCUCCAUGUAACUGUGGACAGUGAGGACCGGUGGGGCAGGAAAACUUCCAAAGACCCUCAUCACCCUCCCCAGCAAGGAUCACAGGCCGGGCCCAGCUCUUCUCUCCGUGGUGCGGGUGGCCAUGGUGCGGAAUGUGGACGACCUGGAUUUCCACGUGCCGUCGCACGCGCAGGACAUGCUGGAUGGCCUGCGGCGGCUGCGCUCACAGCCCAAGCUGGCCGAUGUCACGCUUCUGGUAGGCGGCCGGGAGCUGCCCUGCCACCGAGGCCUCCUGGCACUCAGCAGCCCCUACUUCCAUGCCAUGUUCGCGGGCGACUUUGCUGAGAGUUUCUCGGCGCGCGUGGAGCUACGGGACGUGGAGCCCGGCGUAGUGGGGCAGCUGGUGGACUUUGUGUACACAGGCCGGCUGACGGUCACGCAGGGCAAUGUGGAGGCGCUGACCCGCACGGCCGCCCGCCUGCACUUCCCCGCCGUACAGAAGGUGUGCGGCCGCUACCUGCAGCAGCAGCUGGAUGCCACCAACUGCCUGGGCAUCUGUGAGUUUGGGGAGCAGCAGGGGCUGUUGGGCGUGGCCGCCAAGGCCUGGGCCUUCCUGCGGGAGAACUUCGAGGCCGUGGCCCAGGAGGACGAGUUCCUGCAGCUGCCCCAGGACCGGCUGGUUGCCUGUCUGACCGGGGAGCUGCUGCAGGUACAGCCAGAGCAGAGCCGGUUGGAGGCCCUGCUGCGCUGGGUACGCCAUGACCCGCAAGCCCGGGCUGUCCACCUCCCCGAGCUCCUCGGCUUGGUGCGCCUGGACGCCGUGCCCAGACCCUGUGUGCAGCAGCUGCUGGCCACCGAGCCGCUGAUCCGGGAGUCGGAGAUGUGCCGCGUGGCCCUGUCGCAGGGCCACGAUGAGGCACAGCUGGCCCUCCCGCAGAAGCUGGAGGAAGUGCUGGUGGUGGUAGGCGGGCGGGCCUUGGAGGAGGAGGAGGAGGGCGCCCAGGAGCCCACUCCUCACCCCAGGAACUUUGCCUUCUACAACAGCAAGGCCCAGAGGUGGAUGGCGCUCCCGGACUUCCCCGACUAUCACAAAUGGGGCUUCUCCCUCGCCGCGCUCAACAACACAGUCUAUGUCACAGGUGGCUCUCGGGGCACGAAGACAGACACCUGGUCAACCACCCAGGCCUGGAGCUUCCCUCUGAAGGAGGCCACCUGGAAGCCAGUGGCCCCCAUGCUGAAGGCCCGCACCAACCACGCCAGCGCGGCACUCAAUGGGGAGAUCUAUGCCAUCGGCGGCACCACCCUGGACAUGGUGGAGGUGGAGAGCUAUGACCCCUACACGGACGCCUGGACCCCUGUCCGCCCUGCCCUCAAGUAUGUCAGCAACUUCUCCGCGGCUGGCUGCGGGGGCCGGCUGUACCUGGUGGGCUCCAGCGCCUGCAAGUACAAUGCCCUGGCUCUCCAGUGUUACAACCCUGUCACAGAUGUGUGGAGCGUGAUCGCCUCGCCCUUCCUCCCCAAGUACCUGUCCUCUCCGCGCUGUGCCGCACUGCAGGGAGCCCUCUACCUGGUCGGCGACAACACCAAGAAGGUCUACGUGUACGACCCUGGGGCCAACCUGUGGCAGAAGGUGCAGUCCCUGCACAGUCUGCAUGAGAACGGCGCGCUGGUGCCACUAGGUGACGCACUGUACGUAACCGGCGGUCGCUGGCAGGGCAUGGAUGGCGACUACCUCGUAGAGAUGGAGGCCUACGACCGGGGGCGUGAUGCUUGGACCCGCCACGGCUCCCUGCCCCGCCUCUGGCUCUACCACGGGGCCUCGACUGUCUUUCUGGACGUGUCCAAGUGGACCCAGCCCUUCAGCCCGGCCCAGGAGCACUGAGCAGCUCCUCGUCCCAUGGAGCCGGGCCUGGCUGCACCCUGACCCUGAGGGACAGCCCCCUCUGGGGUUGGGCUUCCUUGUCCACUAAGUGCUGGUCUCGGGCCACCGGGGACAUCAGAGGACAUAGCCUCAGUCCCCGCAGCCACCGCACUAACUGCACAAAGUGGCAGCAAGGGCUUGGACUCCCACCACCUGCACGGCAGGGAGAAGCUGCUCUCCUGCCCUUGGCGGGUCUGAGGCCUGAGACUCAGGAGCCGAGGGGCCCAGGAGAUGCAGUGUGGCCGCCCCCAGCCGUGUGUCCUACCUGUGGCUUUGGGAGGUGUUGUACAAGGGAGGAGUGGUCCAGGAAACUGCAACCCAGAGCAAAGGUCCUGGGGUGGGUUGGCCCCGGGCUACUGUGAGCCCGCUUCUGCCUGGCCCACAGCUGUGUGUCCACAUCUGGCAGUUGCCCCUCUCUGGCCCCAUGUCCAUCACACACCGGGAAGGGAGGAGCAGGGCGUGGGGUCAGGAGAGAGGGUCCGCUGCCCAUGUGGGGGUUGAGGGGAGAGAGGAUGAGUGAAGUCUUCCCAGGGAGGUGAGCAGGAAGGCGUGUUCUCUGGCCAGGAUCACCCCUGUUUCUCAGGGUCAUUUGAUCCAAUGCAAGAAUGAGAGUCCCAGCAGCAGGCCCAUGAAGGGAGAGGUGGGGGUCCUACAGGGAUUUCUGACAACACCUCUUGGGCGGGUUGAUGCCUUGCUCUCAGGUGGCCUCCUAAGCGAGGGUAGCAAUGCCCCCAUGGGCUCCCCCACGAGCACACAGUGUGGGGCUGCCUUUGCGCCCCCAGAUUCUGCCUGGGGUCCCAUGGAGAACUGGUGCCCACACUCCCCACCCCGGUCCUUCUCACUGGUCCUUGAUGAGGUAUCCCACUGAAGGACUCACACUGGUGCUAAGGGGUCCUCCCCUUUUUCUGUGAGCUUCAUGGAGGCACACAGGGCUGUAAGUUGGGGGGGUCCUAGGUCCAACCUGGUUCCGGCUCUGGCACUGACCGUCUGACGCCUCAGGAGCUCCCACCUCCCUCUGGACUGAGUUUCCUCUCCUCGAAGCCUCUUCCUUGAAACCCCCAGGGGACCAGAGAGGCCUCUGGCAUCCCUGGGCUCCAAGGAGGGAAUCCUGGAGUCCCUCCACACCCACCUUGCUCCCAGACCUGAAGCCUCAUGCCCAUUUCCCGUGGGAGAAUAGAAUUUGCACCUCAAGGGUUAGACAGAGUAGGGCAUCCUGGGGGUCUGCUUCCAAAGAAGCAUGAGCCCCACAUCUGAGGCCGUCUAGUCAGCUGGGGGAGUGGACGGACGUGAAGAUGAUGGUUUCUGGGAUCCCUGAAUCUUUCCAUAUGGAAAUCUCCUGCAAUGUUUUCCAGUUAUUGAAGCUACUCAGCCAAACACUGUUUUAAAACAAAGACUCAA